AUGCAUGCGACAAUACGAGUAUUAGCAAGGUCCGCGUGGAAAGGACCAAAUAUUGUUCCAUUACCUAUAAGGGAGGCAAUGUCCAAAGGUACACCAAUCAGAACCAACGCACGUUCUGCCACGAUUUUACCUCAGUUUGUGGGUCUGAAGUUUCAAAUACAUAACGGUAAGGAAUAUGUUCCGUUGGAAGUCAGUGAAGAUAUGGUCGGUAGAAAACUGGGGGAGUUUGCACCAACAAGAAAGAGACUCACUUUCACGAAGAAAUGA